UGAGUUUGAUACUCUUGUUAAUUUGAUUAGGGCAGAAUUAGCUUUAUCAGCGUUUCUCAUAUACUUGUGUAUAAGUGUCGUUGAUACUGGUAUUAACUGGCACCCUGAAAUUUGUCAAGCGUUUUUGAGAAUUAAAAUUGUUUUGGGAUGCGUGUUUGUUUAAUAUUUUUAAAUAUUUCACUUCACAGAAAUUAACCAAUUGCCUGUACCUAAAAUACUUAACUUUUCCGAAAAUUGCGACGGCGAAUUCGAUUGGGGUCUAAUUACAAUUGAUAUUUAUUCCAGUUAAUAUUUCACUUCCUGACAUGAAACUUAAGCUAACAGGAUAAAAGCGUUUGGAAUGUAAGUAUGUAUGUAUGUAUGUACAAAAAAGAGGUGAGCAUAAUUCAUUUCGUUAACUUAUGGUAAUAGAUGAAGGUAAGCAUAUUUAAUAUUAUUAGGGUAAGUAUUUUUACACAAUGUUCAAAAUUGAACAUGUUCGUUGCUGCCAGACAAGGACAACAAUAUUAUACUUAAAUCUUUUAUAUAUUUCAAUGUUAAAUAAGAUAAGAAAUAAUCUAGCUAUUGUAAUCAUACAGUCCACUAGUAAUAGAUAUCUAUGAGUGACAUUGCUACACUCACUCAAACAAUAAAUUAAUAGAUAUCAAUACGCUCUUAUACGUCUUAUACGUUAGAAGUAAAAUAAUCGAGAUGACCUUCUGUAGCAGUUAUUAAGCAAGGAUGAGUUAGUCAUUAAGCAAACAUUGAAAUGUGACGUAUUAAUUCCCUAUUGUAAUAUUUAAAUUUAUUAAUAGAUUAAAAUUAAAUCCAAUAAACUAAUAUUAAAAUUUCACUGGCGCAGUCGGUAGGAUCUACGAAAAAAGAUCCUUAAACGAACCUACAAUUAAAAAAUUAAUAAUAAUCAUAAUAAUAAAAAUAAAGUUAAUAAAAAUAAAAAUAAAUACACGCGCUGAAUAAAAAACGGCAUAUUCUAUUGUCAUGCCGUUGGAUGUCAAUGUCAAAGUAAAGCAGUCCAAUGUCAAAUAAAGAUCAGUGUAGUGUCUUUCAAUAUCAUAUCAAUGUCAAUGUAAAUUAAGGACAAAUUAAUGUCAAAGGAAAGACAUCUACAAUACAAAAAAAAAAUUAUUAAGACCGGUUCCAGUGAUAGUGACAGUUUACACGAAAGAACGAGAACUUAAAUACAAAAAAAAAAUUAAUCAAAUCGGCUUCAGUGAUUUACACGAAUAUUAACUAGUUAAGAGACUCAAAAAACUCACAGUGUAUGAAAAUUAAUACUCUUGACAAUAAAGAAUUCGUGUAUAAAAAGAGAGCUUUAGAACAAAUACUACUAAAGUAAAGAAAAAUUUUACCGAUAUCUAUUACUUAAUUUUGUUAAGAUAAUUUGAUAAAAAAAAGAACUAUAUAAAAAACAAUUGAUCUUAAUCUAUAUACUGCUCUUAUCAAUGCGCGUUGAAGAAGAGUUAGAAACUAUAGACAAAAAGUUGAGCUCUCUUAGUAUAAAUAAAGAAAUAACAAUGACCGAAGGAAGAGAAAAGCGUGAUCUCGUUAUGCAAACCAUUAAGCUGAUUCAACCGUUUGACGGCAACAAAAACUACUUAGCGAUGUAUGUAUGUCGACAGCAUGGAUAGCGUUGUACCUCGGUACACAACUAUCUCUUCAGAAGAGGCUGCAUUUUAUUUCAACUGUGUUACCUGCACUCUAAGAGGUUCUGCUCUUGAUAUUGUAAGACGGGAGCAACCGUGUGAUUGGACAACACUACGACAAUUGCUUAUCGAUGAAUUUGGCGAACAUACACCUGUAUCUACUCUUAUUUUGGAAAUCAGUAAUAUAAAAUUUAAGAAUAGUGUAAAAUUAUUGUGCGAAGAAAUUAACAUCGAAGUAUGUAGAGUAAAAGAUUGCAUUAAAUUAAAAAAUGAAAAUAUAUCCACUAAAACAUUUUUGUACAAAGAGCUAGAUCAGAUUAGUUUAAAGACGUUGAAAAGGGAAUUGCCAAAUUAUUUAACAGCAUUAAUAAACGCAAAUUUAGUAACUGACCUUAAGUCCGCAGUUAAAAUUUUGAAAGAAAAUAAUGUUUUUGAAGAUGAUAGAAGAUUGAGCAAAACCAAACAAAAUCAUAAUCAGAGAAACAUCCCAUUUCCCAGAGUUCCUAACUUUUCUCACAUAAAUUCAAAUAGAGAAAAUGGUAACGAGUUUCAACAUUUUUGUCCGUCUAAUGUAAAUCGAUUUUUUGACUAUUCUCAUGACAAUAACUAUCAGGGAUAUGCAUUGCCACCUAAUAACGCAAAUCAUUUUUAUCAUUCAAAUCCAAAUGGAUGGAUUUAUCACCCACAAAUGAAUACAACUUUGAAUUGUCCUAAUAGUUAUACUAAUAGAAAUAAUUUUAAUGCGCAUAAUGACAAUAAUGUACCUAAAAUAAAUUCGCAACAAACAAGAAGGCAAAAUGAAAGUAAUUCGAAUCAAUCUAGAAUAAGGCGAUACGGCGCUCCUCAACCAAUGGAAUUUGAGUCAUCAAAUUUUCAAUUAGAAGCCUCGGAGGAUUACCAACAAUAGAAUUAAAGAUUGAACAUAAAUUUAUAAGGUUUUUGAUAGAUACGGGGUCUUCUGUUAGUUUAAUUAAGCCCCAAGUUCUUAGUAGUAGAAUCGUUGAAGUUGAACCAAUAUUAUUAAAAACAGUUACAGGAAAGGUAUUACUUAAACAAAUUCAAGAAGUUUUCGACAAUUACCAUAACCACAAAUUGACGUUUUACGUUUAUAAUUUUUCCGAUAAUUACGACGGAUUAUUAGGCUACAAUACACUUCGUCAGCUCAACUCUAAAAUCGAUUUAAAAAAUAAUACGAUUAGUUUACAAGGACAUAUAUACAAAUUUUUCAACACUGUUAAAAAUUAUACACACACAAACUUACUAACCGAGUUGAAAGUCAAUGAUGGUCAAUUUACUAACACAUUCAGACUCAACCAUUUAAAUAAUGAAGAAUCGGAAAAAUUGAAUAAAUUACUGAAGAAACACAAAACUUUAUUUUACAAGGAAGGUGAGAAGCUUACAUUCACCCACAGAAUUAAACACAAAAUAAAAACUAUUCAUGAAGAUCCCAUCUACGUUAAAUCCUAUAGGUACCCAGAAGUACAUAAAGCGGAAGUAAACAAACAAAUAAAAGAUAUGUUAGAACAAAAAAUAAUUUGCCACAGUACUUCUCCAUAUUCUGCACCGAUUUGGGUGGUACCUAAAAAGCUAGAUGCUUCAGGUAAAGACAAGUGGAGAAUCGUUGUAGAUUACCGUAAGUUAAAUAAUAUUACUGUGGAUG